AUGUUCCAGAUGUGGUGCGACUUCUGUAACAGAGACAGUUUGGUAAAUACGAAAAAGCCACAAGCUUGUUCUGAACGGUAUUUAGCAAGCGCUGGUCAUGAAGAAGUUGUCAAGGAACUACUCGGCGCGGGCGCGAAUGUCAAUGCGAGAAAUGAUAAAGGACUCACACCACUGUGGGCAUACAUGAAAUUGCUACAUGUCGCUAUCCGGCUGACGCAAGCAUUACCGAUCAACGCUAAGGACAAGGCAAAUCAAACACCUCUUCACCGCGCGGCGACAACAGGCUCAACAGGCUUUAUCACAAUUCUGCUUAAUCCGCCCGAAGGGUCUCCCAAGACUCGGCUAAACGCAGCCGAUCGUGUCGGUAACACGCCACUUCACCUAGCCAUGGAGUCGGCACACGCAGAGGCAGCUUGUCUCCUGAUAGAGGCCGGCGCGGAUCGUACUCGAGAAAACUUGGAUAGCGAGAUGCCAGAAGAUCUCGAUGGUGUCGGGGGCCAAGAGCAGAGAAGGGCGAAGGCCUACGUCAUCGGGCGUUGUGGGCAGAGAUCUUAA